ACCUGUAUUUAUGUUGAAAAUGUGAUAAAUCGGAUAAUAUAAGUGGAAGAGGAUGUGUAUUGUCGGACGACCACGACGACUCGAUGUUUUAAACAGUAUUAAACUGGUGCAGCUCAGUUUGCACAGACAUGUGAGAGUCGACAGUGAUUGUUGCUGUUCUGUGAAGUUUACCGUUGAUGUUGUUGUUGUUGUUGAUGUUUAAGAUGUAGUUUAUAUAUUAAUCGUAUUAUAUAUAGUCAAAUACGCUCACAGUUAAUUAGUGUUAAUGUAAUAAUACAACAAUGGGCAAUCUACAAACGGGAGACGCCAAACAGCCCAAAACGGGCAAGUCCCCGGGCAAGAUAAAAGGCAAAAUAAAGUUGGGCAAGGCGAAAAAAUCGAAAGACGAACUCCAGUUCACGGGUGUCGUGCCGGAAGAGAGCGACGUAGAAGAACAUGCGUCCGAAAGGCCGGUUAAAAAGUCUCCGGCACCGACAAUCAAACAUCCCGAGGUCCUGGUGACCGACUCUUGGCGGGCGGUCAACAGGACGAGCGGGGACGGCGCUGAGGCCGAAAUCUCGCCGCCCAGCGCCGUCUCGUCCAGCUCCGACUCCAACUUCACCGACCCACUGACACCUGUGGGUUUCAAUGCGGAGCACAACGAGUGCUAUCAGAGCGAGGAGAGCAUUUUGGAUGUGGAGGUGCCGAACACGGUACAGGACAAUUUCUUGCACAAUUUGACGCUGAACAGUUUCAAACUGAACGAAUAUCGUGCACGGCAUGAGGAAGAGCGCACGAAAAAAUUGAGCAAACUUGGUGUGUCCAGGACCAGUCAGAUAAGCCUGGACAGUGACCCACGCGAAUGUUUCGUCAGUGAUAACGUUGAAGUGGUGAGCAAUGAUGAAGUUUCAGUGGCGGAGAGUCUGAGCCGUGACGAUGGCACCCUCAAACGGAGGUCGCACAAGGACGAGGAUGAUGGACAGAAGGUUGCGAAAAUGGUUAAGAGGAUGUCUGACGUUAGUUUGUCUAACGGACAACCGGAGUACAAGAGACACAUGUCAGUGCCUGCGGAGCCCUGCAAGUCAGUAUCGACGGACACCCCCGUGUUGAAGAAACUCGCACCCCUCACACUAAGCAAAGCGGAGUUGGAAUCGAAAGUUUCCAAGCCGAAGUUUGUGCCGGAGAAGUUGGACUUUCAGUUAUACGAAAAGUUCGAAGGUCAUCAGUUGGUGAAUUGGUAUCUUUCUGAGGUGAACGACAAAGCCUACCUCAAUGAGUUCCUGAGCGGUUCCGACUUAAAGAUUCUGGCUGUCCAAUUCUGCACGCACCUCCUGGCGGCGGGUGUCCUCCGACAGAUUCCAGACAAGAACGUCGAAAUAUCGAAUAUAUUCAAGCCAGAUUGUAUGUACUACUGGACCCAUGCGGAGACGCCGGUUUCGAUGCCCCAAACACCAGGUCGCCUCAGCAUGGUCUCGUGGCCACCCACCUCCGACUCGGAUGUAUUCAUCUCACCGACGGGCCAAUCGGAAUUGCUCGACCAUCUCGAAUUUCGGGCGGCGUCGGAGCUCAAGGGCACAGUCCGCGACGUCGAAUUCUUAGCUCUUGAGGAGGAGGUGAAGCGCCUCAACCAGGAGCUGGACAAGUACCGCACCUUGGUCGAAAUCCAGGCACUGACCGACAAUGCCAGGAAGGAUUUCGCGUCUCCUGUUGAGGAGGCGAAAACGAUCUGUGAUACUAAAGGUAAGAUUAAUGAAGCGACCAAAGAAGACAGAGCUGAUGGUGUUGGAGUGAACGUCGAAGUGCAAACCAUCGUUCAGAUGAAAUCUGUUGAAGUACAAACAGUUGAAGAGGAAACGAGUCGUAGAGAUGUUGAUGUACAAACAGACAUAAAACAAUGUAAAGACGUGGGAUCAAUGAUAGACAAUAAUGAAGGCGAUUCUGCCCAAGACAAAACGAAAAUUACCAAUUCUGAGACAAUUCCUUCUCCUACACUUCCAACAAUCGCACCACCACCUCCCCCAAUGCCUAUCACAAUCGUAUCAUCACCUCCUCCAAUGGCAACACCACCACCACCACCACCUCCUUCUCUGUCUGGAAUGUGUGGUCCACCUCCGCCUCCAAUGCCGGAUGCAUGCGGACCUCCACCCCCUCCUAUGCCCGGCAUGGGUGCUCCACCUCCACCUCCUCCUUUGCCAGGUAUGGCUGGCCCUCCACCUCCUCCUAUGCCCGGCAUGAGUGGCCCUCCUCCUCCUCCUAUGCCCAGUAUGAAUGGUCCUCCACCUCCUCCUAUGCCCGGCAUGGGUGGUCCUCCACCACCUCCCAUGCCCGGUAUGAGUGGCCCCCCACCUCCUCCUAUGCCUGGAAUGGGAGGUCCGCCUCCCCCGCCGAUACCUGGAAUGCCGCCACCACCUCCAAUGAUGGGCGGAGGUCCGCCACCUCCGCCCCCACCUUUGGGAGGACCUACUCCUCUGCCUGCGCCGCCAGCUGGAGGAUGGAACCCGCAGAAAGCAGUGGCUCCAACGUUUCCGGUACCCUUAGCUUUAAGAAAAACCCCGAUCAACCCCUCAGUACCAAUGAAACCGUUGUACUGGACCAGAAUCGUGGCUCAAAAUACUGCUGCAGAAGAACCGUCGUCAGCUCUGUGGACCCAAAUCGACGAACUGCCUCUCGAAGACCUCCACGAAUUUACGGAUUUAUUUUCACGUCAAGUGAUCGUCAGGACGCCCACUGUUAAGAAAGAAGUGAAGAAGACCAAGGUGGAAGCGGUCAAACUGCUGGACAGCAAACGGUCCCAAAAUGUUGGAAUCCUGGCACAAAGUCUGCACGUCGAUUUCCAGGAGAUCGAAAACGCAGUCUACAACUUUGACACGUCCAUCGUUAGUCUGGAGGCGUUACAACAAAUUUAUGAAGUGCGUGCCAACUCGGAGGAACUUUCGAUGAUCAAAGAUCAUUUGGCCACAAAGCCGGAGAUUCCCUUAGACAAGCCGGAGCAAUUCCUCUACGAGCUCUCGGAAAUAUCAAAUUUCGCCGAAAGGAUUUCAUGUCUGAUGUUCCAGGUGGAAUUUGAAGAUUCAAUAAGCACCAUUAGUCACACGUUGACGAAUCUGCGAACAGCCUGCGAGUAUUUAGUAAAGAGCAAAGAACUAAAAGAAGUACUGGCGAUAAUCCUAACCCUGGGUAACUAUAUGAACGGAGGCAACAUGACCAGAGGUCAAGCGGAUGGUUUCGGACUGGAGAUUCUUCCCAAAAUCAGGGACGUGAAAUCGAACAAAGACUCCAAAGUAACUUUAUUGCACUAUGUGAUCAGAAUCUAUUUAAAAAAAAUCGAAACUCCGUUUGAACCUAACCUGUCCCUGCCGGUACCGGAACCCGGUGAUAUUAGAAGGGCUGCGUCCGUUAAUUUUGACGAAUUAAAGCAGGACCUGCACAAGUUACAAAAACAAUUGAAAGAUUGUGAAAGAUGUACGGAAAAGGUAAUACAAGCUUCCACGGAGGAGAACCUGCAACCCUUCAAAGAUAAAAUGACAAACUUCCUGGAGAACUCGAAGAAACAUUUAGCGGCGGAGUUCGAAAACUUGGAAGAUUGUCAACAAGAGUUCAUUAAAACAAUGAAAUUCUAUUUAUUUAAGCCUAAAACUGGAACGCUGGAAUCGUAUCCACCCAAUUCCUUCUUUGAGUUAUGGUUGCCGUUUUGUGUUGACUUCAAAGAUAUUUUUAAGAAUGAACUUAUUCGUUUAGAAAAGGAAAGAAUUCAAGAAAUAAAAAAGAAGGAAAACGAAAGAUUAUCGGAAAUAAAAACAAUCAAAGAAAGGGAGAAUGGUUUAAAGGCAAAAAUCAAGCGAUAUCAAGCCAAACAAAAGAUUAAUUAAAUUAAAUAAAUUAUUUUUCAUAAGA